UUUUGUUGAGAGAUUUGAAAGAGUUGCCAAGAUUUUUUAGGAGACGGAUAUUUUUCAUGUCCAUGACGGAGCCUGGUUACGGCGCUGUAUGCCCUUAAUUAAGUUUUAUUUUUCUGUAUAAUUUUUGUUUAAAGGAAUAUGGAUUUCUCUUGGUUAUCAAUGAAAGGAAAUCUAAAAAAGAUGUCUCAUUCGAAAACUACUACAACUCUACCAUCGAUCACACUGCAUGCAGCGGGCUUUGCGGCUUGCCUGUUUAUUCUUGAAGUGUUUGGAGUCGCUCUAAAUUAGUCUUGAGGGCACACGGUAGAAGUAUGACGCACUUGUUCUCAAUCUCAGAGAACAAAGGCUAAAGAAAACCUCUCAUGUGUUGAAAACAAAUGCUGUGUAAAUAGAAAUAGAGUUUGCAAAUUGAAAGCAAGCACCGUGCAUUUUACUAGGUUUGCUUUGCUGAUUUGAUCAACCAAUCGCAAUUUAGAACAAAAUUAAAACUAAUUGACAGAUGGUUUUGACAGGCGUGGCGUUUAAUCAACGCAACGCUCGCUGAUUGGUUGCAAUGUAUAUCGCCCGAGUAGAGCACAAAGAACAACACUGCCAGCAAUUCUCAUGCAGAUCAACGAUUGCUUACAUUUAGCAUUUGUGAAUUCCGUUCUGGUAAACCGAACUUAUGUACCUACAUCGAAAACCAAUUUAGAGUUUAAGUCUCUAAGCGCAGAUCAGCGUCCGAAUAUCUGGAAACCUCAAGAGCGUGCGCGAUUGUACUGUGCUGGCAGAAAGCUUCAAGUGUUGAUCUCAGCUGUUGCUGUAUUGUAUGGAUCCGCUUAAGUCUUCUUUACUUGUUGUUGCGAUCUUGGCUAGUUCCGUCGCCACUGUGCACGGUCAGGGUUUUAGAAAGAAAGGAUGGCAGUGUGAGAAGAUAAAUGCCCCACUUUGUAGUAACAUGGGUUACAACGUGACACGAAUACCAAACAUGCUCGGCCAUGAGACUCAGAAAGAAGCCGAAGUACAAUUCAAACAGUUUCUUCCUCUGAUUAAUUUCAAUUGUGCGAGUCAGUUGCAGUUCUUUUUGUGCUCGGCAUAUUUCCCGAUGUGUACCGAAAUGGUGGACGUUUUGAUCACAUCCUGCAGGCCAUUGUGCGAGUACGUUCGCAAGCAGUGUUUACAUGUGUUGGCCGAGUUCGGUAUUCCGUGGCCCGCGAAACUCAACUGCACCAAGUUCUUGGAGAGAAACGACGGCCAAAGGAUGUGUAUGACAGGACCGAAUUUUACUGAAGAUGCCAGCCCAAAACCUCCUCUCAUAAGAAGCACAGGCAUAAAACAGAACGGCACGCGUACAGUGACACCAGCGGGAGCGACAUACACUGGUUCGGAAGAGUGCAGGAAAUUUAAAAAUAGCGUCAAUUACUAUUAUGUAGAGAGCACAAGAUCAUGUGCAGUGUUUUGUAAUCAAGAAGGUAUUUUUAAAACAUCGGACAAAGAAACGAUGGACAAGUGGAUGGCGGUUUGGUCUAUAUUGUGUUUAGUGUCGACUCUUUCCGUUCUGUGCACGUUCUUUGUGGAUACAGUGAGGUUCAAGUAUCCGGAACGAUCGAUAAUAUGGCUUGCUCUUUGUUACCUUCUUUACUCGAUUUCGUUCAUCGUUCGUUUAGCAGCUGGUCGAGAGGCGAUCUCUUGUGAUCGUGAGUACAACACGCCUAAAUUUCUCAUUCAAGACGGUCGUCGAAAUACCGGAUGUGCCGUUGUGUUUCUUGUACAGUAUUUCUUUAGCAUGGCCGCGACAAUUUGGUGGGUUAUUUUGGCGCUAACGUGGUUUCUGGCAGCCGGAAUGAAAUGGGGCUACGAAGCCAUCGGUUCGUAUUCCAACCUCUUUCAUGUAAUCGCCUGGUCUUUGCCUUGUAUCAAAACAAUAUUUAUCUUCAUAACUGGCAAAAUAGACGGCGAUGAGUUGACCGGACUAUGCUUUGUUGGGAAUCAAGAUUUGAUCGCGCUUGCCGCGUUUGUUUUGGGGCCACAGUUUACAUAUCUUAUUAUCGGAACACUGUUUCUAAUCGCCGGAUUCGUCGGCCUGUUUCGAAUCCGCGCGACCGUACAACGUGAUGGAAACACAAAAAGCGAGACGAACAAACUGGAAAGACUGAUCGUUCGUCUGGGAAUAUUUGCGGUAUUUUCAACUGUGCCGGCAACCGCUGUUAUUGCCUGUUACUUUUACGAGUAUGCAAAUAAAGAAUAUUGGUUUUACGGCAAACGGGAUAAUAGAAUCGCCGAACCAAAUCUGAGCAUUUUCAUGCUGAAACUUUUCAUGUCACUGUUCGUUGGAACAAUUUCGGGAAUAUGGAUCUGGUCACCGAAAACUCUGCAAUCGUGGAAAAAGGUUUACUAUGUGUUAACCGGGAAAAGGCCCCCACGACCACAGACGCAAAGGAAUGGCGGGCACUCCAACGAAACAACAGUUUGAAUGUCGCUCCAGGAGCACCUGUCAGACAAUUUACUUCAACAAAUGCGAUAGACUUAUAUUUUAUCCUUCCCAAUUCACGUCAAGUUCGCGUUUGUUUGUCUUUUGUUCACUUUUGUGGCGAAGACGAAAUCAGUAUGAAGGGUCAGGCUUUUCUUAGCUGUAACACACUCAGCUGGUUGCUAACAAUUAGCACCUAAUUUGCAAUCUGAAUGCAGCGAGCGAAAAUCUAUUUUGUACAUGGACCAAAAACAACACUGUUAUCGAAAGCGUUCUUACUAAGCUCGAGCUUGCUGUUGUUGCGUACUCUUUACAGAAGUUUAGAUUUAAAUGAUAUGUAUGUAUUUUGAUUGUCGCCAAAGAUCUUACUGUCACUUUACAAGGUUUAUUCAAUCUAUGAUUGCUGUGAAUUUGCUACCAAAGUUCUGACGACUAGGAAAUUUUACUACUGUUGGUACCUUUCAAUUGGAUACCCCAUAGGUUGUCCUCAUAAACUUCUAAAGUAAGGUUGCAUUUCGUUUCGUGCGUUGAUUUCUAUAUUUAUGUAUAUAACAAUCGAAAAUGAAGUUGUAAACAAAGAUUAUUUUAAAAGGCUUUGAGAAUCAUCUAUGGGUCUUCUCAUUGUGAAGUGUUUGGUUGAUUGGGGUAGUGAAAUUGAAAUUGACAAUUUUGUUUCCUUCGCGAUUUAAUUUUUGUCGGUCGCUGGGGCAGAGGUGAUUCCCAUCUUAAAUGUGUCGUGUUAAUUUAACUUUCUUGCCUUGAAAAUUUUAAUUGACACUGGUAGCGUGCACGUAUAAAAGUUAUCUGUUUUGUGCUAA